CUGGCACAGGACUCCAUCCCACCCAAUGCCACGCAGAGCGUCCAUGCUUUCUCCACCACCACACUCAACGACAUCAUGAAGUCCUUCUCCGAUGUCAGUGCCAUCCGGGUGGCUGGGGGCUACCUCCUCAUGCUGGCCUAUGCCUGUGUCACGAUGCUGCGGUGGGACUGCUCCAAGUCCCAAGGGGCCGUGGGCCUGGCUGGAGUCCUGCUUGUGGCUCUCUCUGUGGCCUCUGGCCUGGGGCUCUGCUCAUUGCUGGGCAUCUCCUUCAAUGCAGCCACCACCCAGGUCCUGCCCUUCCUGGCCCUUGGCAUAGGUGUGGAUGACAUGUUCCUCUUGGCUCACGCCUUCACUGAGACCAGCCAGCACAUCCCCUUCAAGGAGCGAACAGGCGAGUGCCUGAAGCGCACAGGGACCAGCGUGGCUCUCACCUCUGUCAGCAACAUGAUCGCCUUCUUCAUGGCAGCCCUGGUGCCCAUCCCUGCCCUGCGUGCUUUCUCCAUCCAGGCUGCAGUGGUCGUGGUGUUCAACUUUGCCAUGGUGCUGUUUGUCUUCCCUGCCAUCCUGAGCCUGGACCUGUACCGCCGGGAGAAACGUCGGCUUGAUAUCCUCUGCUGCUUCUACAGCCCUUGCUCCUCACGGGUCAUCCAGAUCCAACCCCAGGAGCUUGCCGACGCCAAUGACAACCACGCCUGCCACCCGUCCCCUUACGGGCACCCCGGUGUGGCCACCAGCACCCAGAUCACCACCACCGUGCAAGCCUUCACCCGGUGUGACCCCUCAGGCCAUCACGUCGUCACCGUCCUGCCACCUACCUCACAAGUAUGCACCUCACCUGCUGUCCUCCUGCCCCCCACCGACCCCAUGGGCUCCCAGGUCUUCGCCCCAUCCAGCUCCACGCGGGACCUGCUGGCCCAGAUGGAUGAGGCCAAGAGUGGAAGGGAAUGUGUUCCCCUGCCCUUCUGCCGCUGGAGCCUCGCUGACUUCGCCCGGGAGAAGUAUGCCCCACUCCUCCUGCGGACCCGGACCAAGGCGGUGGUGGCGGUGCUUUUCCGGGCGCUGGUGGGGCUGAGCCUCUAUGGCACCACCAUGGUGCAUGAUGGGCUCUACCUGACGGACAUCGUGCCGCGGGACACCAAGGCUCAUGCCUUCAUCUCGGCCCAGUUCAAGUACUUCUCCUUCUACAACAUGUUCAUCGUCACCAAGGGAGGCUUCCACUACCCCGGUGCCCAAGGGCACCAGGCCUUCAGCACCGUCAAGUAUGUGGUGCGGGAGGGCAACCAUGACCUGCCCAAGAUGUGGCUCCAUUACUUCCAGGACUGGCUCAGAGGGCUCCAGGCCACCUUUGACAGGGACUGGCAAGCCGGGCGCAUCACCCACGACAGCUACCGCAAUGGCUCCGAGGACGGGGCACUGGCAUACAAGCUCCUAAUCCAGACUGGCAACAAGAAGGAGCCAUUCAACUUCAAUCAGCUGACCACGCGACGGCUGGUGGACGAGAACGGCAUCAUCCCCCCUGACACCUUCUACAUCUGCCUGACAGUGUGGGCCAGCAACGACCCCCUGGGCUUUGCUGCCUCUCAGGCCAACUUCUACCCACCACCCCCUGAGUGGAUCCAUGACAAGUACGACUCCACAGGCGAGAACCUGCGAAUCCCUGCAGCCCAGCCGCUGGAGUUUGCCCAGUUCCCUUUCUACCUGAGUGGGCUGCGUCGCACGGCUGACUUCGUGGAGGCGAUUGAGAGUGUCCGUGCCAUCUGCCGAGAGGCUGCCCAGCGUCAUGGGGUGCUGAGCUACCCCAGCGGGUACCCCUUCCUCUUCUGGGAGCAGUACAUUGGCCUGCGCCACUGGUUCCUGCUGGCCAUCAGCAUCCUGCUGGCCUGCACCUUCCUUGUCUGCGCCCUGCUGCUGCUCAACCCCUGGACGGCUGGCAUCAUCGUCUCCAUCCUGGCCAUGAUGGCAGUGGAGCUGUUUGGCAUCAUGGGGCUGAUGGGCAUCAAGCUGAGUGCCAUCCCCGUGGUCAUCCUCAUCGCCUCAGUGGGCAUUGGUGUGGAGUUCACCGUCCAUGUGGCGCUGGGCUUCCUGACAGCCGUGGGGGGCAGGNNNNUGCGCUCCGCCGCAGCACUGGAGCACACCUUCGCCCCUGUGAUGGAUGGUGCUGUUUCCACCCUCCUGGGUGUCCUCAUGUUGGCUGGCUCCGAGUUUGACUUCAUCCCCAGAUACUUCUUUGCAGUGCUCACCAUCCUGACACUGCUGGGGCUGCUCAACGGGCUGGUGCUGCUGCCAGUCGUGCUCUCUGUCAUUGGGCCACCCCCUGAGGUACAGCAUCCCUGCCUGCCCCCAUCGGACCCAGUGCCCCCAUGCCUGGGCCCUGGGGGUCUCUAUGUCCGGCGUGCCCCAGCCUGGCCUGCCGCCUUCCCUGACCCCUCGGACACGGAGCACUACACAGAGGCCAUGGGGCCAGGGAGCCCACGGGGACCCUUCAUUGUGCCCCCAACCCCGUCACACAUCCUGCUGGAGGCUGGCAAGGACCCCAGCUUCCCCCGCAUCACCGUGCUGAAGCCCUACAAGGAUAGCCCAGAAAUACAGGGAAAGAAGGAGGCUCCCAGCCUGCAGCCGGAACCACG